AUGUCUGAAGCAGAGAAGAGUUUCAAAGUAGUCCUUCUAGGUGAAGGUUGUGUUGGAAAGACAUCAAUAGUUUUAAGAUACAUUCAAAAUACAUUUGUAGAUAAACAUGUUAUGACACAACAUGCUGGUUUCUUUCAAAAGAAUAUAAAUAUAGCAGGAAAGAGAGUUGGUCUAACUAUUUGGGAUACCGCCGGACAAGAAAGAUUCCAUGCUUUAGGUCCAAUUUAUUAUAGAGGUUCACAAGGUGCUAUUGUAGUAUACGAUAUUACAGAUGCAGAUUCAUAUACAAAGGCAAAGAAUUGGAUUAAGGAGCUAAAGGCAAUGUUGGGCAAUGAUAUUGUGCUCUGUUUGAUUGGAAAUAAGUGUGAUUUGGAAAAGUCUAGAGUAAUUACUUUGGAAGAAUCGGAAGCAUAUGCUGCUUCAGUUGGUGCCAAACAUUAUGGCACAUCUGCAAAAUUAAACAAAGGUGUUGAAGAGUUAUUCUUGGAUUUAACUAAAAGAAUGUUAACUAAAAGUACAGCUAUACCAACCAUUUCAGGAUCAUCAAAUCAAGGAGCAACAACAUCGAAUAGACAAGACAGAAUCCCAAUCGUUCCAGAAAAUGAAAAUAGUCAAGAGGGAAAGACCUGUUGCAAAUAA